CCGACCUAGGCUAUGGCCAUGGCUUCCAUCGUCUCCAAGCUCGCGCGGGCUGCCUUCGCAACCUGCGCCUCUCCCUCCGCCGCUCGCCCUGCAGCCGCAAUCCCUACCGUCGUCUCCAAGCUCGCGCGGGCUGCCUUGGCAACCCGCGCCUCUCCCUCCGCCGCUCGCCCUGCAGCCGCAAUCCCUACCAUCGUCUCCCCUGCAGGAGGCCCCAAGUCAGAAGAAGUCGGACCCAAUUCAAAAGUAGCUCCACAUGCCCUAGUCGGAAAUGAUAGAACAGAGGUCGAUCCUGAUGAGAAUGUAUUUAAGUCCAAGGAUGCCAUGUGGGCCUUGUAUGAGAAGUGGUGCAAGUUUCAUGGUGUAGUCCGUGACAGAUCUGAGAUGAAACGCCGGUUCAAGACAUUUAGUGAGUCGGCAAGGCAAGUGUAUGAGUCGGGUGGCUUGAUGUAUAUGAGCCAAUUUUCAGAUAUGACCAUGGAGGAGAUAACUCUACUGCAUUGUAGGCCGCGUUUGUCAGGGUAUAUUCGACGUAAACGUUAUCUCGAUCAACGUAAACAUGGACUUCGGAGGUAUGCUCGUCAUGCGGGGAACGCACCUAUUGGCGCAGGCCUCCCAGGGUACAAGUCAACUUAGUUAUUUUAGGUAAUGAAGAGUUUGGAUUUGGAGAUGGAAAGGUUUUGUCCCGAGACAUUGGUACUUCUAAAUAUUAGGGAUCUUUGGUAGUUGAGAUGUGGCAUCUCCUUUUGGCUGUGACCUUCUGGAUGAUACAUUUGAACUAGCAUUUAUGUUUUAA